UAAAGGUUUCCUGGAGCUUCAUGUUCCUGCUGACAGGAGCCGCGGCCCAAACCAUCCGGUACCAGUUUGGAUCGACCUGUGCAGUGAGAGGAUCGACUGUCAUCCUGCCCUGUUACUUCACUCCUCUGAAAUCUUUCUCUCCUGAAGGAAGACAGAUUCCUCUGAGGGUCGUCAGAGUUCGCUGGUGUAAGAAUCAUCCGAUCUGUCAGGGAACGACUCCGUCUGUUUACGACAGCAACUCAACGGCCAGAGAGCCUCGGUUUCAUUACCUGGGCAACAUGGAGGCAAAGUGCACUCUGCAGAUCAGAGACAUUAAGAUGGAGGACAUGGGAACCUUUAGAUUCAGGAUGGAAGCAGAUAAUUCUGCUGGACAUUUUACAAACCCGACUGGAGUCACAAUCUCAGUGGCUGAUCUGAUCAAAAUGGAGAUAAAGAGCUCCAGCAACAAGUCAGAGGUCAGCAGAGGUCAAACUGUCUCCCUGCAGUGCAUCACUUCAACCUGCACCUUCACUCACCUGGAGGUCACCUGGAGGAAAGAUGGCCACGCCCUCCCAGGGAACGGCUCCGCCCUCCAGCUCGGCCCUCUGACCGCAAAGGAUUCUGGGAACUACAGCUGUGCUCUGACGAGUAACAUGGAGACCCAAUCUAAAGAAGCAGAGGGAGGGAAAAAUGUUAAUGAACUGGAUUUACUGUAACUCCUGAAAACAAAUGAGACGUUUAGCCUGUUGAAUGAACUGUGAUGUGUUGUUUUCCCUCUUGUUGUGCUUCCUGCAGCGUCUUGUGAUCAUAAGAGAAUCAUUUUCAUUUGAAGAAAUGUCAGUCUGCUGUUUUCAGCUCCUCUCAUAACGAGCUGUUUUAG